AUGGCUGAUUUUCCCAGUGAAUUCCUUUCACAUAGCCGUGUUCAACCCGGAACUAACCUUUGCAAAAAUCCUAACAAACAGAUUUUGACGAAGCCGUGGCGAAUUCAGCAACGACCAUGCUCGAUUGAUCAACGCCAUAUUGGUGCAAUGAUCUGGAAGGAUCCUUUGAUGAUCAAUGGCACUGUCUGGCCACAUCUUGAAAAGGUGAAGGUGCAAAGUUCGCGACAGCGAUUUUCUGGGCGAUCAUUCCCCGACUACGUGACCGUCGAUGUGCCCCGCCCUUAUGAUAGCGGCAAUCCGCUUUACGACCAGACAUCUCUUCUUCGCAAAAAGGCCAGCACUAUGUACGUUUCUGCACGUUUAAUGGAUGAACGGUAA